GCCGGUCACCAAAGCGUGUGUAAGCAAGUAGCCACGAAACGCCCAGCGGGUUUCUCAAGGGAGCGUGCCCCCGAGGUUUCCAUUGUCGGGGAGGAUGAGGAGCCCGGCGACACCGCUCGGCGACCGCAGCCCUGUCGACGGUGUUCGGAGGAGCGGUGACAUCUGGGACGUCUCCCGGAGCUCCGCGUCCUCGGGGUCAUCCGCUGGCGGCUUCUCGUCGUCAUCGUCCAGCCGCAACCCGGUUCGGAUCGCUGCCCGGGCGAUCACCUCGUGCUUCGGUUCGCACGAUGGCGGACUGCCGCCCUCGGCGGACGACUCCGAGGAGUUCAAGCCGCCUUCUCUCACCCCAUCUGUUAGCACCCAAGGAAGCUCUCAUGGCAGCUUACAAGGUAGCAGGCCGCGCGGUAUGGGAAUAUAUAGCAAUGGCAACAACCCUUCUAGAAGUGAACCAGGAGGCAUUAGACUGAGCAUAGCAGAGAUCAUGAAGGCGACAAAGAACUUCUCCCCUUCUUUGAAGAUUGGACAAGGAGGGUCAGGGACUGUGUACCGAGCCCGGCUUGAUGAUGGCACAGUGGUUGCGGUUAAACGUGCCAAAAAGAAUACCCACAACAGCCAUCUGAAUGCCGAAUUCCAGAAUGAGAUUCAAACACUGGCAUGCAUUGAGCAUCUGAAUUUGGUUAGGUUGCAUGGAUAUUUGGAGCAUCAGGAUGAGAGAAUUGUCAUUGUUGAGUACGUCUCCAACGGAACUCUUCGAGAACAUCUUGAUUGUCAGCGAGGACAAAUUCUGGAUCUUGCUACACGGUUAGAUAUUGCAAUUGAUGUGGCUCAUGCUAUCACAUACCUUCAUGUGUAUUCAGAUAAUCCUAUAAUUCACAGAGAUAUUAAAUCCUCGAACAUCCUUCUGACGGAUAAUCUGCGCGCUAAGGUUGCUGAUUUUGGAUUUGCCCGACUUUUUGUGAUGGAUUCUGAUGUCACCCACAUAUCCACCCAAGUUAAAGGAACUGCAGGCUACCUUGACCCAGAAUAUUUAAGAACCUAUCAACUCACAGAGAAGAGUGAUGUCUACUCAUUUGGUGUAUUGCUGGUGGAGUUGGUCUCCGGCAGGCGCCCGAUAGAACCCAGGAGAGAACUCACCGAACGGCUUACACCCAAAUGGGCUAUGAAGAGAUUCACAGAAGGAAACGGGAUACAGACUCUGGAUCCGAACCUUAAGCCAAGCCUGGCAACUAGCUUUGCGGUGGAAAAGAUCCUUGAGCUUGCCUUGCUGUGCUUGGCUCCAACCAAGACGAGCCGGCCGAGCAUGAGGAGGUGUGCAGAAAUCCUAUGGAUGGUACGGAAAGACUAUCGGGAGUUCUUGUCCUCACAUCCUCUCUCCCGUCACAAAAACUAAUAAGCGGAUCAUGUGUUUCAAUCGAAAAACCUGCUAUUUGUGAAAAUAUCUGAUUUGAUAUAAAGAAGUCCAGUGUUGUUUAUUGCUAGAAUGUACAUGAAAUAUAGUUUUGUUGCGUGAGAAGAUUACUUUCUCCAAUUUUAAUGAAUUCCCAUGCAGCAUUGUUUGAUA